GGAGGAGGAGGAGGAGGAGGUGACCCGUAGCGCUCGUUCGUCCACUUUGGAGGAGCAGACCCAUUGCCGCGACAUGGCUUCACCCCGAGGAGUUCUUCUCAUUUCGCUUGCGAUCAUUUGCGUUGUGACCCGCUCGUAGAGAAGCUCGGAAUCGCAUUCGCAUGGUCCACUUUUGUCCCGAGGCCGUCCACACCGCCACGGGACUCCGCAAUGAGAAGGGGACCAGCGCCGUUUGACGCCUUUUUCUGUCGGAACUAUUUCCAAUGGCUUGACGUAGCAGCGCAAGAGUGCACUGGGAUUUCGGAUCUCUGAGCCGGCGCCUUCUUAACAACUUUCCAUCAUCGUUGCGCAGGUUUCUUUUCUUUUCUUUUCUUUGUUUGUUUGUUUAACAAGUGGGACCCGUCCCCGUCCCCGUCCCCGAGAGCGCAGUGGGACAAAACCAUGACCCUCUGCUGGCUCGCCUUGGUCGGAUUGUGCUUGGGCGCCUACUACUGCGCAUCCCACUCACCGGACGGGAGCAGCCAAGCGCGCCCGGGCUUCAUCCAGCGGCGCCUCAGGACGCACGAGAGGAGGGAGAUGCAGAAGGAGAUCCUGUCCAUCCUGGGCCUGCCGCACAGACCCAGGCCUCACCUGUCCCACGCCAAGUACAACUCGGCGCCGCUCUUCAUGCUGGACCUGUACAACACCAUCUCCGGCGGGGACGCGAGCCGAGCGGACGGCGCGUCGGAGCGCUCGGAGCCCGCGCAGACCACGCGGAGCCCGCCACUGGCCGCGUAUCAAGAGGCGGCCUUUCUCAAUGACGCCGACAUGGUGAUGAGCUUCGUUCAUUUGGCGGAGCACGACCGGGAGCUCGCCCCGCAACGGCGUCGCCACAAAGAGUACAAGUUCAACCUGUCGCAGAUCCCCGAGGGCGAGGCGGUCACCGCCGCCGAGUUCCGCCUCUACAAGGAGUGUGUGAGCCGAGCCUUCUGCAACGACACCUUCCUGCUCAAAGUCUACCAAGUGGUCAAGGAGCACCCAGACAGAGAGGCCGACCUGUUCCUGCUGGAGUCUCGCAGGCUGUGGGCAUUGGAAGAGGGCUGGCUGGAGUUUGACAUCACGGCCACGAGCAACCUGUGGGUGAUGAGCCCAGCGCACAACCUGGGCCUGCAAGUUAGCGUGGAGACCAGCAGUGGGCAGAGCAUUAGUCCUAAAGACGCCGGGCUGGUCGGGCGCGACGGUGCUCUGGAGAGGCAGCCUUUCAUGGUGGCGUUCUUCAAGGUCAGCGAAGUGCACAUCCGCAACUCCCGCUCCGCCGGCGGCAAACGUCGACAGCAGAACCGCAACCGAUCCGCGCAAACGCAGGAGGCAUCCGGAGGGCCGAGCCAAGCAGACUACAACGGCAGCGAUCAAAAGUCAGCCUGCAGAAGGCACGAGCUCUACGUCAGCUUUCGAGAGCUGGGCUGGCAGGACUGGAUCAUUGCGCCUGAAGGCUACGCCGCCAACUAUUGUGAAGGAGAGUGCUCCUUCCCCCUCAACGCCCACAUGAAUGCCACCAACCACGCCAUCGUACAGACUCUGGUGCACCUGAUGAAUCCCGAGAAUGUCCCGAAGCCCUGCUGCGCCCCCACCAAGCUCCACGCCAUCUCCGUGCUCUACUUUGACGACAACUCCAACGUCAUUUUGAAGAAAUACAAGAACAUGGUGGUGCGGGCCUGCGGCUGCCAUUGACGCUCCCCACUGGGGAGUGGGGCAUUGCGGUAGUUAGGUUGGCCGUCGAUGCGGUUCCUCAGACCUGCGCGGGACGUUCAGCGUUGCGUGUGGUUACGGUAAUCCCAGGGACGUCUCGAGCGUUACUUGGAAAAUCGGACAUGGAUUUAAAGGGACAAUGCGUGUCAUCUCGUGGAAACUUCCGGCAAAGAUGCUCCAAGUGAUUCUGACUGCACCUUCUCCAUCGAUGAGUGGGCAAAACUGAACUGUGGUUAGACCAGUCGGAGUGCUGCUUUCAUGCCCGUCCCAUUCGUGUUUAAUCACCUUCUAAUGGCAGGUUUUGGCAACAGAUUAUGGAGGCGGACAGACCACGCCCAUUUCGUCUGGAAUUUAUCAUCCUCAUUCUGGAUUAAUGGCCAGCGUGCUCCCAGUGACUGUAAAAUUCUUAUCAGUUCUUAUGAUUUCAAGUGCCAGUCCAAGUCCCACCAGGAGAUAAUCCCAAUCACAGGCAAAAUUCUGGGCAUUUUUAAUUUUUUUGGGGUCUAAAUUACCCAGCAGCAAGCCGUUGUCAUUAAAGUCCCUGUAAAGCGAAAACCAAUGUCUUGUAAAUUUGACACACCGCAAUAGAAGAGCGAUGUUAACAACCCCGCCAAGUGUGAACGAUUAAAACAAACGCGGAGUAUACAGAAUGAGACCUCAUAAUCAUGGAGAAAAUUCUGUGCGCUCGCAUGCUUUGGGCGUGGGGUUUCUACAAUCAAAAACGUACAUGAGCUGUUCACACACUACAGUACCAAUACAGUGUGUGUGUGUGUAUACAUAUAUAUAAUCUUCAAUUCAGUUAAGUAACGUACCUGUGACGAAACCAAGGGGCCGAGUCACUGAAAUGCAUCCGUGCGGUCAGUGAACAGGAUGCGCGCUGAUCAUUGCAAUCCAGCCAUUCGUCCAUUUUCCGAACCGCUUAUCAUCAGUGGGGUCGCUAGCCACUCCCUUAUCCUCCACCUUCGACGUGGCUAUUCGCCUCUCCCGUGCCAAUCGUGCCGCGGCUUUGUGGUUCAAUCAAAUAUUUUACAGUAUUUUGUAUGUGGAGCCACAAAACUCAAUACAGGGUCACAUUUUUACCACUGCAGCGCUUCGUGUGCAGUAAAUGACUUUUUGGCCGCGGUCCACUUCAGUUGCUUUCGGCCACGUCGCAUUAGUAACUUUACGCAGGGUAACCACUCAUGCAAUGAAGGUGUUACACUUUCUAUAUAGUGGGGGAGGGGUGUAUGCACCGCACCCAAAAGAAUAUUUCACGCCGUAUCAUCACAAUUGAGCACGACAUAGAUCUGUCUUUGCACGUUUUGAUCCAUUUUUAGAAGGAUAUCUCUUGAAUUCACUUCACAGGUCUUUAUUAAGGUCACAUGGCGUAAAACAGUCAACUUUUUGGGUGUUAAAACUGUGGCAAAAGCAAUGAUCAUGUGCAGUCAAAUCCUGUUUUUUGUUCACCAUUUAUUUGCUUCUCAAAUUAUAUUUACACUCCCAAAAUAUAAAAGACUGAACCAAAGUGUCCACAGGCUAUUUUAGCAGCACCUUCCUCCAAAUAACACCCCCCCCACCCCGUGUCAAUAUUUGUGUGUUCAACAUGAUGCAUGUUGCGGCUCGGGAUGUUUUGGUCCAAACAAGUCAAGAAUAAGGCCCUAUCCGCCCAACACACCCACUUCUGUCGCGAUGCUGCUGACAGCCUGUCACGAAAGUGUGCAAAAACAUCAUCAUUCACGUUUGUACAUUUUCUUUCUUCUGUGGAUUUUUUUUAGACAAUAUAUUUGAAUGAAAAUCUAACAGCAAUACUAAGAAUCUCAAUACCUAAUGUGCCUAGCCAAUCAUCAAACACAAAAUAUACCUCUGGUAAGCUGCUGUUUACAUUUGUGAUCAUGUUCUUGUGUAAAUACUUGUACAUUCGCAGUUUAUUUAUUGCACCUUUGUUAAAAAAUGAAUUACACCUUAUGAGACACGUGGAGAAGCAAACUUUUUUUUUAGUUUUUUUUUUUAUUAUUAUGAAAUCUCAUGUUACAACUUGCCAUUAGUGUUUUUUUUUUUUUUUUUUGUACAAAUCCGUGGGCUGAGCACAACCCAUGACUGCAUAACAAAAAAAACCAACAACAAACAAACAAAAAAGUGUCACUGAAGUUCCUUAGACCAUGUGCUUUCCAUAAAGAUUUACUGGCAAAAAACCGAUUUGUGUGUACCUUGUAUUACUUUGUCAAAGAGCAACAUGUGCAUCACAUCUCAUUUACUGUCCACUUUGUGCAAAAAUAAAGAAACGGUUUCAGCAUAUGGAGCAAAAACAAUGGUUUGGUUGAGUGAUUGAUCGAUCGAUUCAACUUCUUCACGGAUGAGAUUUUAGAAACUAAAAUCAGUGCUUUGACCCCACUGGGCCACAGAGAACACUUCCUUUCAAAAGUCCAAACAAUAA